AUGGAGCAGCAGAAGCUUCGCGACGCUGCCAGGGUUAGCUUGAAUAAAUCGCACAAUGCCCGCAAUGCUGUCCAUGAAAAAGCCAGAGAGCUCAAAAACAGCCUGAAUGAUCCCCAAAUCUCACAGAAAAACAAAAAUGGCAGCUUGACUGCUCAACUUGAGAAGUUGGAAACCUUGCUGAAAGAUCUUCGUCUGGCCUGCAUAGAAGUCAUCUUUUAUGACUUUGAGUAUGCCCAAGAUAAAGAUGUGGAAGGCAGUCUAUGGCAAACUCACGUCGAUGUCAAUACAGAAUACCGACGUGCCAUUGGACAUGUCAAUUCUCAGAACACUCAGAGCCAAGUGGUUCUGAAGCGCAAGGUGGACAAGCUCUACCGCGACUUCUUGAAGACAUCUCAAUUCUUCUACCGCACGUACAUUCAGCGUCUUGCCGUUCAGUUUGAUAUCCCGGAGCUGCGACAGGUUGCGCAGGAUUUGGAAGUCGAGGAAUCCGAUGUUGCUCAACAGCACCGACCCCCGCCCCCUUUGGCCUCACUCCGGUCAAAACUUGUGAAAUCGUGUUAUCUCACACUCGUGCGCAUGGGCGAUCUGGCGAGAUACCGCUGCCAGCACUUGGAAAAGCCUUCGAAAACAAACCUCGAUAUUGCCCUAACAUACUAUGGCCUUGCUCGCAUGUUGAAUCCAGAUGAUGGUGCGUCAUACCAUCAGACUGCUGUCCUGUAUCAGCCAUCAGCCAACCACUUUGAAAUAAUCUACCAUUUUCUGCGUUCCGUUUGCGUGGCCAAACCCCAUCAAUUGGGUGCUACCAACUUGGAAAAGGCAUUCAAACCCUUGUUGCCCCAAAGAACUCAGAACAACUCCAGGAACAAUGCCAGGCAGCUCGCCGGAAAAGGCCCCUCAGAAGCCCUGACAACUUGGUUUCUGAAACUCCACGCACACUAUUCGCAAGGUGUGGCUUUUUCGGCCCGAGAAGAGCUCGAGAAAGAGGUUCUACAUCGCUUGGAAGGAUCUUUCAAAACUGAGAACAAUGAGCAGCUGGCUCUCAGAUUACUCAUAGCCAACAUUGCGUCCUGUGAUCUCGCUUUUGAGAACAUCAAAGAUGCCAAGGAUUGGACCAUAGAAAGAUCGCAGUCCUGCCAAUAUCUAUUGCUCUUUCAAGUACGGGUCGCUGUGGUGCUAUUCCGUGUUUUCCGACCGAUUCUUGAAGACGAGCGCAAUGCCGAUAUCGAUGAAGACUUGGAGGCACGCAAGAACCCAUACGGCAACCCUGGAUUGUCUCCAAGCGUAAAGCGCCUCCUCCCGUUGAUACGAAUCUAUGUUGCAUGGGUCUACGUCGCAAGAGAGAGUCUCAAUCUGUACCAGGACUGGCUUGAGCCUUACAUCAGAGAUCUAUACAGCUUGCUGGCGGAUAUACUUAGUCUGCUACUUCCCUACGCCAUCUCAAAUCCCACAACCGUCGAUUCCCAGUACUUACUUCCCGAGGACAUCGAAGCCCGUGGCUUGAAGCCCUUUGCCGACCGAAAGCUGCCACUCUUCUUGGAUGUUCAGAUUGUCCCAGAGUAUGAUCCGCCAAAGUGCCGCAAAACAAUCAAACCUCGGAAGGAAAUUCUACAUGUCGAUUGUCGCCCCCAGGACGAAGACAUCUGGCGGAUCCGAGAUAUUCUUUGUUGUGGUAUUUACCUGGCUGGCAGUGCCAAAUCUCCUUUGACAAUCAUGACCACAACUGAAAACGUCGAUACUUGGGUGUACCUUAAGGAUGGACCUCCCAAGUCUUUUGAUGAGAUUAGCAUGACACGUAUGUUCGCCCAGGUCAAGAUGGCAUCGCACAAUAGAUUUCUUGCAAUCACAGAUGAGCGUGUCAGACGCAAUGACCCAGAGGAUGUGGCUUCUCAUCAACCUUUACCACCUCAGCAGACAUCCAUGCAGCCACCAGUACAGCAUCGACAAGUCCAAAGCGCGGCUCAUCAGAUCAUGGCUGCGAGAUCCGGGCGAGCCGGGUACGCAAAGUCUAACUCGUCCCUUGAUGACGACAUCAGUCUCAGCACGGAAGCGAAACUGGCUGGCAUGGUCGACAAGCUCCUAGAUGAAGAUGAUGACGACGACCCAUAUGGCUUCUCCAGUCAUCCUCACGGCAACACAAGCUAUGGCAUGAACUCUUCAGCAGCCAACGAGGUUUUCGGAAACUUGAUGCCAAGCCCAACAUCGAGGGCUCCUCAGUCGGCGGCUGCAGCCAACGGUAGACAAAUCCCUAAUCUUCCAUGGAAUUAUUUCUUCAAUCCUACGCCUGCCACGGAAUCUGGUGUCCCGCAGCCGGCUAGGAAUGGAGUUGACGUGCCCAGAAGUAUAGCGGCUCAGACCGCAGCCGCCUCCAUGGGCACAGGCCAAAGGAGCCCUAGCCUUGCAAAUUACAACAAUUACCCAAAUUCCAGCGCAUUCGCUUACCAGGCAUACGGUGCACAACAGGGAUACCGCACCGAACAGGCCAGCAUAGGUUCUAUCCCAGCUCGGGUUCCAUCAGCAGCUCCAGCUUUGGAUAGUCCCACUUACUCGGAAGACCAACGCGCUUCAGCUCUUGAUAAUCUCAGAUCUGCAUUGUUUGCUCAGUUUGGGAGUGGCACAGCCAAUCACCUGCAAUCUCCCACCUUCGCCUAUGGACAACCGUUUUACUCUGACCGCAAUGACAGCGCACAAUCCAAGGAAGGUCACCGAGCCCGAACGUCAAUUUCUUCACCCUUGGCAAACCUGGCGAAACCUGUCAGCGGAGACCGGAUGUCCCAAGGCUUCAUGGAUCUUCAGCUGGGCGAGGCCCAGGGCAGCGCUGCGUUUGGUGUAAGAGAUGACACACAACUGCGUGACCAGAGUCCCAAAAAUGGGCCCUAUGGCCUCACACGUCCAGAGAGCCAAGUGUCAAGCUACAAUAACAGCUCAGCUAGAUCGCCGGCCUUUGUUGGUUCGACCUUCCCCCAACAAUUCACUGCGAUUUCUGGAAACGAGACGUCGCUAGAAUUCCCUAGCUCAAGCAAUAUCUGGGCUGGCACACCUGCUGGAGCGAGAGCUCCUCGAAAUACCGUCGCUUGUAACGGCAAUUACUUUGAUGGUACAACCGCCUUUGGUCGGAACGGCAACGUCAAUAACCGCAAUGAUCCCACUCACUUCCGUAAUAGGCUCGAAGAGUUGGGCGCUGGCGUUGGGGAAUCGGUUACAGCUUACGACAGAGCAGUCCUAGAGGCCGCGAUGGACGAUGCUGACAGAAAACGAUCCCAGCAGCGGUGA